GAGGUAAUGAGAGUGAUGAGGUGACAUGAGGCCGGUUAUAAAGCGUUAACGCCGCAGAUGAUGUGAGAGCAGUUAUGCCAAACUACUCGAUAAAAAAACGAACGGCUGGCAAUAGAAGCAUGGCUGACGAAAGAUCUGACGUGGAUAAAAGAGACGACUUUUUAGACGACAGCCUCGCCGACGGAGAGGUGCGAGACGAAACCAUAUACGAUGAAAUCGGUAGAACUCCAAUCACGACAACUACCACAAAGAACGCUCUAGUAACGACACAGCUCGGACCGUGCGACGUUUAUCCGCAUCAUGUCAAAGUCUCGAUCUUGGGCACGAGAAAAGUCGGAAUGGCUUGCGCCAUCGCGAUUCUGAUGAGACGAAUAGCGAGCGAAAUCUGUCUGAUCGAUCAAAACGCGGAGAGAGCUUCCGCCGAAGCCGAAGACGUUCAGCACGCCGGUAUGUUUCUCGGAUGUCCGCGCGUGACCGGCACGUCAGAUAUCUAUAAGGUGAAGGACUCGACGGUGGUGGUGAUCGCGGUUUGUGAGAGAAAACCCGGCGAGGAACUGAACGUGAAGCACAACCUCGAAGUAUUUAAGAAGAUCAUCCCCACCGUGUCGAAGUUGGCGUGCAAGGCGGUGCUGCUGGUCGUAACUCAACCGAUCGACGUGAUGUCGUAUAUCACCUGGAAAUUGUCCAAGUUUCCGUCGAGCAGAGUACUUGGCACGGGUACUCUGCUCGAUACCUCCAGGUUUCAAGAUUUACUGAGCCAGAAGCUGGGACUGGCGCGCACGUCGAUUAGCUGCGUGAAUAUUGGCGCGCAGGGCGACACAUCCGUUUCCAUAUGGUCGAGCGUAAGCGUGGCGGGCACGAAGAUACGGGACAUAAACGCAAGAAUGGGCGAAGCGGAUGAUCCCGAGAAGUGGCGCGACAUCUCCGUAGCUGUAAAUAAAAUCGACGCCGAACUUAACCGGAAGAAAGGCGAGACAGGGCCGAACUGUUGGGCUCUCGGCUUCUGCACCGCUGAAAUUGUCGACGCCAUCGUCAGGAAUACGAAAGUAGUGUUGCCUGCGUCGACGUACAUAUACACCUGCUCCCACGGGACCGACAAAGACGUGUACAUGUCGUUUCCCUGUGUUCUCGGCCGGGAGGGUGUGCACGCCACGGUACGGCAGAAGCUAAACGAACAGGAAAAGACAGCGGUGGAACGGUGCGCCGACAACAUCCGCAACGUGCUGCGCGAGUGCGGCAUUCUUCGCGAAUCGACGACCGACGUUGAAGAUCGAAAAGUUAUCGGUGCGUCGGAAACGAUGACGGAAUUGAAAAGAACACCUGACGUUACCGGCAACACGGUGACUUUUUUACUGACCAAACAGGCGGAGCGUCUUGUGGACGGCCAUCACGUCAAGGUCGUUGUCGUCGGUAGUGCACCGAAAGGCGUUGCGGUCGCUAUAGCGAUUUUAUUCAAGCGCCUCGCCUCCGAGCUUGUUCUCAUAGACGCGAACGAGGAUCUCGCCAAGGCGGAAGCAGAAGACAUCAGCCACGCGGCGGCGUAUCUCGGCAAUCCGAGGAUUAUUGGCACCAAAGAUUAUUCUUGCGCCAGAGACGCCGCGGUAUGCGUAAUCACAGUUGGAAGCCAGUCUCAAGAAGAUCAGCAACCGGCUAAUUAUCUCGAUCAUAAUCUGAAAAUUUUCAAGGACGUCAUUCCGAACGUGUGCAAGUUCGCGCCAAAUAGCGUUCUUCUCAUUCUUUCGAAGCCAGUCGAUAUCCUGUCGUAUGUUGCCAUGAAGCUAUCAGGAUUUCCACCUAAUCGUGUUAUAGGACUGGGAACGUUUUUGGAUAGUUGUAGAUUUCAAUACUUUAUCGCUCAGAAACUCGGAAUUUCGCCGAGCUCGGUCCAAGCGUUAAUUAUCGGCGAGAGCGGACCGGCUUCUGUGCCAGUUUGGUCCGCCGUUGCGGUAAUGGGUAUGCCUUUAAAAGAAAUAAACAAAGAUAUCGGCACGAGAGCGGAUCCAGAAUCCUGGGGAGAUUUGCACACGAAAGUCGUCGAUACCGAUAAAGAGUUGAUUGUGAAAAAAGGUUACCACAGUUGGGCGGUCGGUAUCUGCGCGGGCGAAAUUGUCGAUGCUAUCGUGCGCAAUACAUGCGCUUGCUUUACCGUCUCUACGUUUGUAAAGGGAUGCCGCCAUGGAUUAGAAAAAGAUAUCUUUAUGUCACUGCCGUGUGUAAUAGGAAGAAACGGCGUGCAGUCAUUUAUUCGAUUAUUGUACACACCCAGGGAGCAAGAGUUGAUGACGAUAUCUUGCCGAAGAAUAUACGAGUCGCAAAAAUCGAUUCUCGACAAGAUUGAAUGAACAUCUCACGCUUUUAUAGCUAUUUUUAACCGGAAUUGCUUCCAACGUUAAAAUUGUUUACGUAACGGUCUGGAGAUGGGUAUAAAUAGUCGAUUUAUCGGAGAAGUUCGGCAGAUCAAUAAGAGAGUCCAAUGAAGCGUUGAGAGGAGACGUCGUUAAUCCUUCUGGUUUCUGAAGAACGUACGAAAAUCAAACUGAUUUUAACAAUAACAAAACGAGAAGUACAAACGUUAAAAUGAAAUAUCUGGUGAGAUUGUUGUUUGUAAACGUGUUAUUGGUGAUCAUUUUGUCGCUGACGUCUUGUCAGAAAAUGGAAAACCUUCCGUCAACGAGUAUCGAGAGCGGUCGUCCUGUUCCCGCUUACAUUAUAAACGUACCAGACAGAAAAAGCAAAUGUCCACAAAAUCAGCUGCAGGAUAAAAAUGGAAGGUGUCGACCAGUGGUGUAAUUGUUUAUAAAGGCUAACCAACACUCACGCUUCGCGCAUAAAACGAUAUGAAUCACAAUUUUUGUUAUUUCGUGCUUGCAAACGCAAAUCACAUAAGAAAACGGUAGCCAUGGGAUAACUCACAUAUAAAGGUUUUACAAGCAAGUAAAUGCAGCAGAUGCUGUGUAAAACUAAGUUUUAUAAUUAUAAGCGAUUUUUAUACAAGUUAAUUGCUAUCUCACUUCGAUUACAAUAAAAAUGAAAUAUGAGUAUCA